CUCCUUCCGCGUUUCCCUACUGGCUGCUCGCUCUGCACAUCACCUAUACGUUCCUAGCUUCAGUCGCCCCAACUCUCCGCGGCACCUGGGGCCCUGCCGUGUGAGCAGAGAGGGGCGGGUCCUCCUCACCUGCCGCCCGGUACAGUCGCUUCCCUAGGGCUCCUAUAGAUUUGAUCGCAGCACGUGACUCGGUGGGCGGGGCUUUUAGGGAGUAUUUGGGGUCUCAAAGCCCUCUGUCAGUGUUAGCUGUGUGGGAGCCUCACACAUUUCUCUGCACUCAGGAUGCUGGGCAUGCAGAGCUGGGAGAGAGAUGCCCUGACUAAGCUGCGUGUGACCCUAAUAAAGGACUUGGUGCUGGAAGAGUUAUUGGAGCAUCUUGUAGCCCACAAAAUCCUCACUGAUACUAUGCACGACAGUAUACAGUCACAGAAAAAUAAUUUUGGGAGAAAUGUAGCUUUGCUGAAUCUCCUGCCAAAGCGAGGCAAGAGGGCAUUUGAAGUCUUCUGCAAAGUCCUAGAAGAAACUGGUCAGGAGCAUUUAUCUGAGCAAUUGAAAGAGGAAGCUCAAACAUUAAGGCUACAAGGAACACAUAGACCGUUGCAAUUAUCAGUGCCAGAAACCUCUUCAAACGGACAUUGCUGGAGAGAGUCCUGUGAGAACUCAAUUGAUGAUGGUGAUGGUCCUAUAUCCGUACCGCUGUGCAGUGUUGAUUUCUAUCUAUCUCACCAGAAACAGGCGUACAGAAUGUGUUCACGUCCACGUGGCCUGGCCCUGAUCAUUAGUAACGUCUCUUUCUCUUCACCUGACUUGGAUUUCAGGUCUGGGGGAAAUGUGGAUUCUGAUUCUUUAAAUCAGUUGUUUUCCCAGCUGGGAUAUCAAGUUGUUGUCCAUAAUAAUCUCACCGCUCAGGAAAUCGUCUCUGAGCUGAAGGAAUUCUCUAUGAGGCGGGAGCACACAAAGCUGGAUUCCUGCUUGGUAUCGCUUCUUUCUCACGGGGUAGAUGGUGCUGUUUAUGGUGCUGAUGGCAAAUUGGUCCAGCUGCAGGACGUGUUUGCAAGUCUCGAUAACGCUCACUGUCCGCAGCUUCAGAACAAACCCAAGAUGUUCUUCAUUCAGGCCUGUCGUGGCGAAGAAGCAGACAGAGGUGUCGAUCAGCGGGAUGGAAGAGAGGAGUCAUCUUCUCCAGACAUUGAACAGAGUGAUGCUGGGAGGGAGGAGUACAGGGUGCGACUUCCAACCCAGUCCGAUAUGAUUUGUGCCUACGCCUGCCUCAGAGGAACUGUUUCUCUGCGUAAUACAAAGCGAGGAUCAUGGUUUGUGCAGGCUCUUACAUCUGUCUUCUCCCAGCAUGCCAAGGAUACUCACGUGGCUGACAUGUUAGUUAAGGUGAACGCUCUUAUUAAAGAACGGGAGGGUUACGCUCCAGGAACAGCAUUUCAUCGCUGUAAAGAGAUGUCCGAAUAUAGCAGCACACUCUGUCAAAAUCUCUAUUUGUUUCCUGGCAUUCCAUUUAUAACAAACUGAUCCACUGUGAAAACUUUGUAGAAAACUGCCCUAACUAUAUCCCAUCUUUUCUCACCCGCUCCUAAACUAUCUAUUUUUGUACAUAGUUAUAAGUAAAAAAAAAAUCUAUUUUUACAAGAUGCAAUGCCAAAAAAGACCUAUAUCUGUAUAUUCUUCUUCAGUAUUGUUUUAUACUUGUCUUCCAGGAACAUAUUCAACUUUCUUGAAAAACAUUUCUUAAAGAAAUUGUUUUACAUAAUUAUAUGUCACUGAGAAUAUCCUCCCUAUCUAAUUUAUUACAGGGGCGCACAUUUAAUGUAUUGGUGUUUUGCCUUAAGUAAGAACCUUGUAAACGAAUCUAGAACUAAUUGUGCCAAACCUACUUUAUAGCACUGCUAAAAUCAUUAUGAUUGUAUAUAUUUUGUAGAGAUGUGCAGGAAAAAAAAUUUGGUUUCGGAUAUUCAGGGGAAAUUAGUUUCCUUGACUAUUCGUUGCCUGCACUUGUCGGCUUUUCCUUUAGUUUAAAACCAAACGAAAAUUUAAUUUUUGUUUUUGUUAAAACAAAUGUAAAUGUUUCAAAGCUACAGGUGAAAAGUUCACCUGCAGCUACAAUACUAACCUUAAUGUGCUCUCCAGAGGUAUUACGCACUUAAAAAAUAAAUAAUAAGUGUGCAGGCAAUGCAUUUACUAUGGUAGUGAGAAGAUGCAGGAUGGGAAAAGCUGAGAUGCUGGAGACUGUAGGGUUUUAUUUUAGAAGUAACUUAUGUUUACGGUUAUUUAUAAAGAACUAGUUUAUUCCACAGCGCUAUCUCAUAAGUACAGUAUUGCACAGUAAAUGACAGUCAGUUAACUUCUCACAUAACCAUCUUCACGCAAGAAGGACCUCCUAAAGAAAGGACAUAGUGAAUAGGUGACAAUGAUGCAAAUUGGUAAAAUGUAUGUUGCGUGUUUAUUGGGAAUGCACGAAGUGGGAGACCAGAGUGAAGCAAAGAGUUCCACAAAAUAAGUGCAUCUCUAGAAACUCCAUGUACACGAGAAUGUCAGACAAUGAUGAGAGAGGAGGAGGGAAUCGGGUCUUGUGGAGAGCAAAGGGGCAGGUGUAUUUGCAGACAAGUACAGAGAUGACUGUUGCACUUAAUGAGGGCUUUUCAUAUUAAUGUUGAGGCCAAGAAGACAGUGAAGAGAGUGACAGGCACAAAAAAAAUAGCAAAUUGGCAAUAAAGACGAGUCUAGCAGAGCUGUAAGUUAUGGAUUGUAAAGGGAACAGACAGUAGGUUAGGAGAAAAUCAAGAAUAGAUAUGAAUUAGUCAAGAUGGGAUAAGUGAGUGGAUUAGAAGCCUAGUUUUGUCUUGUGUAAAUUAGUGCACAAUCUGGCAAUUUUAAAGUUUAAAUAAAUAUGAUUUAACCAAUAACUGGAUAUAAGAAGGACAAUUCUUUGUCAGUUGUGAUCCCAAGGUAGUGGACAUGAGCGGCUGCAGGGAUGAUACUAAAUGAUCGGAGGAGUUUGAAAGUGCAGAUAUUUUAGUAAUGGUUAAGGGUGUAAUAUUGAAUAGACGGCUGACAAGGGAGCAAGGAAUAGGGUAGGUGUUGUGCGGAGAGGUGAAUCUAGGUGAUGCUGACAACUACAUGAAAUUAGUAGUCUGAAGAAUGAGAAGAGUUGGGGAUCCAAUAGUGAACUUUGUCCUCAGGACAAUUGAGAACCACAUGAGGGAUGUGUCACAAUUACCAAAUGAUUGAAGGGUUAAGAGCAGGGUGCUCCAAGAGAUAAUGAAGGAUUAGCAAGAAAAUGGCCUUUAAAAGGCAGAUAUUUUGAUUUAAGAGGAGAACAUGGCAUGAGUUAGAUUACAAGUGGAGCUCUAAUUUAUCGCAUGCCCGCAAACGGGCAAAUUCACCCAUUAGUUGGUGUGCGAUAAAUAACUAGCCGUUACAAGUCGAUGGUUAUUGCUACCACGAGCUUGCGCUAUAAAUUAGCGCUUAUAAAAUUAACCAGAGAUCAGAUCUCUGGUUAAAUUUAUAAAUGGCCCCCAUAUGCCCCCAAAAUGAAGUUCGUUUUUUUUUUUUUUUUAAAUGUAACAUUUUACAAAAAACAACUGCACUUAACAGUUUUGGGGGCUAAAGUUGGCAGCUGUGGGGUUUUAAAAAACGAAAACUGCCUUUACAUUGUGGUCUAUGGUAACUAUGUGUUCCCUGUAAAUAUAUAUGCAUAUGAAUAUACUGUAUACAUUUAUAUUUAUGUGUUAAUAUGUGUAUAUACACAUAUUAAUACAUAAAUAUAUAUGUAUAUAUACACAUAUAUUUACAUUUGCUGCCCCUCACUGAGUGAUUUACCCCCUUUGCUGCGUUAGUUCUCAUGCCGUGUCUCACAGCAUGAGAAAGAGGCUCCAUUGGAGCCUAUAGAAGCGCUCUCUUGUGAGUGCAGUACUUCAGUGCAAUACGAACGCAAGGUUGCAUUUGCAUUGCACCUCACCUGUAAUACCAGUGCUCAUUGGUGUGCGCUGGUAUUACAAAGUGGAGUGCAAAUAUCGCAAAACCAAUAUUUUGCACUCCACCUGUAAUCUGCUUAGAAACAAGCAGAAAUUUUGAGGAUUAAGUUAUAAAGUAUAUUAAUAUAACAAUGUUAGUUGUGCAAAGCUGGGGAAUGGGUAGUAAAGGCGUUAUCUAUCUUUUUAAACAAUAACAAUUUUAGUCUUGACUGUCCCUUUUUAAUCUUUAUUUUCAACUUUGACCUGAACCUUAAAAAUACGUCCCGUGUCGGUAACAUACUGGCUGGGUGGCAACCCUAGACUAGGAUGACUGCUCGUAAAAUAAUACUGUGGACAAAAUAUAGAGGUUUGUCCUUUGUGUAAAUGAUUUUUAUUGUGUUAUAUUGUUUUUAAAUCUCUGAAAGUCUAUGUUCACUGCUCCAAGAAUUUUAUAUAAAGUAGUGAUUGAAGGUUUACUGCAAAUAAUACAUGUAAGAGACCGAACUCCACCACAACAGGCCAAUUCACAAUGAGGAUAAAAUUGGUGCGUUUGUGUUUUUUUUCUAAUAAAAAAAAAGUUUACGGAAGUUUAAGCUGUUUUUAAAGAAAGUUGAAUAUAUUUACUUUUUUAACACGUUUAUAUUAUGAUAUAAGAUUUACAUUCCAAAGAGUCUGUUUUUUCUGCACACUGAGAAAUAAUAGAGCUCAUCCGCCAUCAGCAGAGAGUAUAUUGAAUACCCCAAGUUCACAGCCAGUAGCUAUGACUGCCACAAGUCUUCUUUAUUAUGCUUUUCUAAGAUUCUCAAUCUCAGGUUUUUCCCGACUGCCAUGUAUUAUAUUUUAUAUCCUGCCAAACGCUCCAUAAUAAGACAGAGCCGUGUUAGGUGUCUUAUUACUGAUAUCUCCGUUAUAAACAAGCAAAAAAUGUAAAGCAGCACUUAAAUAAAGCGUUUGUUAUAUUUCCAUUUCAUAA